UGCAUUGCAAAUUGGCCUCGUCGCAUUUCGACCGCGAUGAGAUAAACCUCGCGAUUCAAACGAUGCUAAGCCGGGUGACUGUCUCCGAUUCGUCGCCGCAAACGUUUUGGUUUGGGCUGGUUUGUUUGACCUUGCAAAUUGGCACCUCGUCCAACAGUCAGUGUGGCUUUGACUCCAGCCACUCUCAAAACAGAGUCCAGCUGUAUCAUGGCUUCGUGUCUGGGAGUAGUGUUUUUGGCGAUUUUCAGUGCUUUUUUCCCUUUUCAAACCGGGCAUGGAGCUGAGCCGACCCUCAAAUUUUUAAGUUUUAUUCAUCGACAUGGCGAGAGAGCUCCAAUUGAGACGUACCCAACUGAUCCAUAUAAAAAUGACUCAUAUUGGCCUGAGGGACGAGAGGAACUUCUAAGAGUCGGCAAAGUGAAUAUGCAUAAUUUGGGGAGAUUUAUUCGUGCAAGAUACGAUGGCUUCAUACCCAGGAAAUACAAAGCAACUGACUUGCUGGUGCGAUCAACUGCUACGAAUCGGGCUAUCAUGAGUGCUCAACUUGUGCUGUCCGGGCUGUACCCACCUCACGAUGAACAAGUCUGGGAUCGUGACAUUUGGGUCGCCAAAUUUUGGCAACCCAUUCCAGUUCAGGUGCUAGCUCCUUCCAUCGACGAUAUGUUAUGCGUAUCCAGGGUAUGUCCACUUCUUUACGAAGAUCGAAAGAAUUUUACGGGUGGUCCCUACCAAGAUAUUCGAGAGGAAAAUCAAGAGGUCCUUAAGUACAUACAAAACCACACAGGUUUGGAUUUCGAAUCGGACUCGGACAUUGGCAUAGUGUAUGAUAAUCUUUUGAUAGAGGAGGAACAAGGUCUCAAAUUACCCGAAUGGACAAAAAAAGUUUGGCCUGACACAGUAAUCUCCUUAUACCGUAGAGUUUCCGUUGCACUGAAGAAAAAUCCAACCUACACCAAGAUUAAUUCAGGUGUUUUGAUCAAUGAUCUGUUAACGACCAUGCGGAAAAAAAUAAACGAGACGGAGAGCUUCAGCCGUUUUUUCAAUUUGUACGCUGCUCAUGAUACGACAAUCCUCGGACUCUGGAGAGGGCUUGGGAUUAAGGAGCCGGAGUCUUGGCCAAGCUUCGGGGCCUUAUUCAUCGUUGAACUGCACGAAAUCGAGAAUAAACACCUUAUUAAAAUCCUGUACAAGAACCGAGCCACGGAUGAAGGACUGAAAGUUUUAAGUAUCCGAGACUGCACCAAGGACAAUGACAAAGAAGGGUGGUGCGAUUUUGAAGUUUUAGAGACCCUGAUGCAGGAUGCCGUUGUGACGAACUACGAUGAAGAAUGCUACAGCCCCUCUAUAUCAGCAGCAGACAUACCCAACGAAGCUUCGU